GGGGGAAAGAAACAGACUGCCUCUGUUCAACUUGGCGUGCUUGUUGAAAGGGCUGAAGUCAUGGCGCCUAUGUCGCAGGAGGAUAUUGAGUGGUUCAAGUCCACUUUCCGCCCAAUUCCCAAGCCUGAACUGCCAGAUGAUUGCGUCGAAUACUCACUAUACUAUAUCCCUCCAAACCCCGCCCCCGCCACGAUCGAUGAGGUUGCAGAGACGCGAGCGCGAUUGACGGAAGUACAAAGGACUGCAGCGGAACUGGUAAAGGAUCUCCUAAAAGACUAUAUCUGGCAAAGGGAGGGGUUUCGGCUCGAGAUUACGAAAGACGAGGGUGUAACCUCACUGAGCGGGCGAUCGAAUUUCGGAGACUCGAUUGAAGAUGAAUGGGUGAUAGUGUAUCUCCUCCGCGAAUUGACAAAGAAACAUAAGGAUAUCUGGGCUAGAGUAACAGACAGUGAUGGUCAAUUUCUCCUAGUAGAGGCCGCCGGAGCUCUGCCUUCAUGGCUGGAACCCGAUAUAGCCGAUAAUAGGGUGUGGAUCAACCAAGGAGAACUCGUCAUAAUCAAGCCGAAAAAAGAGAAUAAUAGGGUGACAGAGAGACUAUCAUUGUCGGAAUCAAGGCAAAUACUAAUGGGGGAGCCCGGUCGACUUAUGCGCUCAGCUAUGGUCCAGGAAGAAGCCUUCUACCGCCUGCGCAACUAUCCCAAGCAAAUCAGCGAGAACCUCCACUCAGCUCUAGUAACCAUCCCCCGCAAAGUUGCAUUUCUUUUACAUCAAAAACCCGCCUACAUUUCGGCGGCUGUUGAAGCCUUCUAUCUCAGAGACCCCAUCGCAUUAAGGCCUCUUCGCGCCAAGGAUACAGACAGUCUUGUCUUCAAGCCCGAGGAUUUCGUUACAGUGAGCACCCGCUUCACCCGAGUUGGCUAUGCACAGGUCAAGAGUCAAGACUUCCCAGCCCCAAAAUCUUGGGUCGGAAAAUUACCCACGGCCGACGACCGACUAUUGUAUGAUCGCGCUGAGACCGGCAUGAAAGUUACAUGUGGUUUUGAAAUGCUCCUCAGCGACCCCCACAACCAGGACAAGUCGUCUGUACGGGAGAUGAAGUUAAUCCUGGAGGAUCUAGACACUGGAGAUGAGGAGCUGCCCACAAAUGAAGAGAUGGAGACAUGGGAUAAGCGUGAAGAUGAUGAGAAGUGGUUAGAUAUCAGCUUUGAAGACUUAGACAAAGAGUUGAAGGGGAAGAGGAAGGAUACAAGUGGGGGGGAACAAGCUGCUGGCACAUUUGGCGACUCAAAUGCCCAGGAAAAUCUCCAGCGAAUUGUUGCCCAGUUCGAGAAAUUCCUGAAUGAUGAUUCAGCUGACUUUAACGGUGCCGACUUCUUUGACGAUUACGACACAGAUUCCGAUGUCGACGAUGACGAGGACGAAAUUGACAGCGAUGGAGAGGAUAAAGAAGCGUCUUUCGACGAGGAAGAGUUUUCUAGGAUGAUGAAAGAAAUGAUGGGCCUACCAUCAAUGCCCGGUCUCAGUGGGCCAUCACAACUCGACCGAGUGAAGGAGCUAGAUACCGAAUCCGAGGACGAUACGGAGCAGAUACAGCAGUUAUCCAAAGAGAUGGAGGCCGAAUUACGAGGAACCGGAGUUCUCGACCUGAACCGCCCCGGGGACAAUCCCAAAGGGACACGAGCCGUAUCUCAAGGGGGGUUAGAGACAGAAGAGAGUCAUGAACCCGAAGUUGGUGAGGAGGACAUCAAUAUUAAUCUAGUAAAGAACCUGUUGGAGAGUCUUCAAGGCCAGGCUGGCUCGGCAGGUCCGGCGGGGAAUAUGCUUUCGAUGCUGAACCUGCCAGUCCCCAAGGACGAUCGGCACCAAUAACGGUUCCGCGAUCGGGAUCCCCAAAAAUUAAAUCAUAU